UGCAAUUCACACUACGUAUCGCAUUUCGCUGCGUUCUUCGUCGAUACGGGAGCCAAGAUAUCCGUUGUUGAGAGUUGUCUCUGGUUGGCGAGUGGCCCACAUGGGCAGGCACGCUCGCGUGAUUCUUCAGGCAUGGGUUCACCUACGGAAACCUUGUUACGACUUCUCCUUCCUCUAAGUGGGAGGAACCGCGAUCGAGCUGCCAAUCCGAACACUUCACCAGCACACUCAAUCGGUAGGAGCGACGGGCGGUGUGUACAAAGGGCAGGGACGUAA